AUGAAAGCAAGUGGGGCAGUGAUACUGACCAAAUUCUUGGGACUGGGCUACAAGGAGCUGGUCAAGCACAGGCUUCCUACUGGAGGCAUACAGGGUGUUGGUACUGUAGGGCUAAUUUGGGCAACUAACUGGUAUCUGAUUCUGGACUGUGUGAUAUACAUCAAUGGCAAAUUGAAGAAGGACAAUUAA